AUGCCUGGUGAUGCAACCAAGGUGUUCCCAACAUGUUGCAAAAGCUGCGCGUACCUCAAGAAAGAGCGGGGCGUAUGUGGUCAUGACAUUGAUUGCGAUAUCCGUGCCAAUGAGGCUGUUUGCCCACCUUGGUACUGGAAGUCUGCAACAACAUGGCCAGAAAACUUUCACGAAGAAGUCGGCGGAGCCUAUGUGAAAGAGAUGGGCACGAAGAUUCUCCAACGCAGACUUCCUGAUUGGGAAGUGGUUCAAUGUCAGCGGAUUGAAGAUGCGGUUUUAUGGGAAAAGUACACCGCCAAGCGGGCACAGCUUCGAGACAAAUCUGUCACCUGUGCACAUGUCGAGCCAGAAACCGCUGAAAGCAUUCAAUUCUCUGCCAACACCACAUUGGACCACAAAGUCAAUGAAGUGUGGUUGUUGCACGGUACAUCAGAAGAAGCUGCCAAAGCAAUUUCGCGAAGCAACUUCAUGCCCAGCAGCGGGGGAUGCUUUGGAUCUGGUAUAUACUUCGCAGACGAUGCCAAAAAAAGCACUCAAUAUGCAAAAGGCCGAACAGACGAUGACUGCAAAAUCAUGCUGCUAUGCAGGGUCACAUUGGGCAAUGUGAAGGUUUUACCAAAAGGGCAGGAUCGAACUGCCGAUCGCUUCGCGGAUGACCCAGAUGUAGACUCGAUACUGGGUUUGACGGACACGCGUGAGUUCGUCGUGUAUGACACUUCGCAAAUAUAUCCGGAGUACAUUAUGCAUUACAAAGAGUCCAGCAAGCUGACAUGA